GUGCUUCCCUUUCGCGUGCUUCCCUUUCGCGUGCUUCAACUUCUCUACAUACCAUAAAUCCGUCUUCCAACGGGAUUUACUGAAUACUGAAUUUACGGCAACGCGGAGGAAAAACGGGAUUUAAGAACCCGUGGAAACUUUUUUGGUUUUCCGUCGAAGCCCAAAUCCGCAAUAGAAAAAUCCCUAACCAGUUGUCCUGCAGUUUCCUCGCAUUCAACUCACAGGGCUCCGCUUCCGUCCAUGCCCAUGCCCUAGCUGCCGCGAUUUGUGAACAAAAUAGGAGGAAUAGGAAACUUUGACCUCGUUACUGUUCAAAUGAUGAACGGUGAUUUGCAACUGGAAAAGCUCCGGCAAGGAAGUGGAGGACGUAGUUUCAGAUUACUCUUUGACAAAUAUAUAAUGUGCCAACUCAUGAUCAACUAAUCUCCUCUUCUCCUUCUGUCAUUCUUCAUCUCUCUUUCCCGCAGUUCCGCUCUCUAAUAAUGGAAGGGCUAAUUGUCUCCGACGCUAAUCUUACAAUAUACAUUCAUCCCUCGAUGUUCAAAAGUAUACGAGGAGCCAUUCUUAGCCAGCUUAGCUCUCUCCUUUUCAAAUAUGAUGAAGUAUUUGAAGGUGUGCCAUUGGCUUACCAAGUGGAUGGUCUGAGUAGAACUGCUAGGAUUCUUCGAGGUUUGAUUCCAUAUGUUGAGGUAAAGGUGAGGGCAAGUCUGCUACUUUUUUCUCCGAAGCCAGACAUGUUAAUAGAAGGGAAGGUUGUCAAGCUUGGCAGAGAAUCUGUACAUGCCACUGUACUUGGAUUUUCUUCAGCUGCCAUUAUGUUGGAAGAUAUACGUGGAGAAUUCAAGUAUAAGACUAGGGAUGGUGUGGCAACUUUUACAAGCAGAUAUCACAAGCACCAUUCGAUUAAAGUUGGUAGCAUCAUACGGUUCACAGUGAAAGGGAUGGAUGAAGAAAUGCUUCACAUUUCUGGAUCUUUAGUUCCGCCGAAUACUGGAUGCAUCCAUUGGCUAUCCAAACAUGAAGUUUACGAAGCACCACAGAAGGAAAGAAGCAUCAAGAGGAAUCAUAUGGACAGUGCCGACGACAACGUACUCGAGCAAAAUCCAAGCUCCUUUCAAUCAUCAGAACGAAGCCGUCCGCAUAAAAGUAGAAAAAGAAUGACACAAUGAAAGGUAUUAAAAGCGAUUGGACCUGCGGUCUGGUGGUCGAGGGCUUUGUCUAUCAUGUUGAGGCGCACGCUCGAAUGGUCGAAUUGCA